AUGAGAUAUAUGGUUAAGGGUGGAAUAUGGAAGAACACCGAAGAUGAAAUUCUUAAAGCGGCUGUGAUGAAAUAUGGCCUCAACUAAUGGAGUAGAAUAUCAUCAUUACUUGUGAGAAAGUCAGCAAAAGAGUGCAAAGCUAGAUGGUAUGAAUGGCUAGAUCCAGCAAUUAAAAAGACAGAAUGGAAUCGGGAGGAAGAGGAAAAACUCUUGUAUUUGGCUAAGAUUUUCCCUACUCAAUGGAGAACUAUUGCACCUAUCAUAGGAAGAACCCCUGCUUAAUGCAUUGAGCAUUAUGAGAGACUAUUAGAUGCUGCCUAGGGUAAAACUGGAGAUUUAGAUGAAAAUGAUCCAAGAAAAUUAAGGCCAGGAGAAAUUGAUCCCAAUCCUGAGACUAAACCAUGUAGACCAGAUCCAGUUGACAUGGAUGAAGACGAGAAAGAGAUGCUGUAAGAAUGUAGAGCGAGAUUAGCAAAUACUAAGGGUAAAAAAGCAAAGAGAAAGGCAAGGGAAAAGUAACUUGAGGAAGCUAGGAGAAUGGCUCAAACGCAAAAAUAAAGAGAACUUAAAGCAGCAGGUAUCGAUGUUUAUAAACCAACUAAGAUUAGAGGAGUUAAUUACAAUAUCGAAAUUCCAUUUGAAAAAAAAGUACCUGUGGGAAGGUUUGAUAUUGAGGGUGAAACUAUUAAAAUAGACUAGCAUAAAGCUAAUAUUGCAUUACAAUAGAUAGAGAUAAAAAGAAGGGAUGAAGAAGAGAAAAAGAGAAGAGCUUUAGAUGCCAAAAAACUCAAAAAGCUCAAAUAAAAAAAUUUGCCUAAGGCCUUAGAGAUUAUCAAUAAAAACAGCGACUCAUUAAUAGGUAUAAGAACUAAACUGACUCUUCCUAGUCCUUAAAUUAAUGAUGACGAACUUGAAAUGAUUAAGAAAUAUGCUGACGGCAAUCAUGAUGGAAUGGCUAUUGCUGGAGUCGACAAUAAUGCUGCAACUAGAGCACUUAUGGGAAAUUACUCAUAACGAGAUAUGCUUUAAACUCCAAUGAUCGGCAAAACUCCACUUAUGAGUCAAAGGAUAAUGUAGGAAGCUUAAAAUGCUCUUUACUAUAAAAAUUCUUAGACUCCACUAUUAGGAGGUGAAACCCCUUAGUUAAAUGAUACAUAAUCUUAUAAGCUUGGACAAUCUUAGCAUACCCCAAAUAUAUUAGCAAAACGAGGAACAAAUGGAGAUUUACACAAUAAUCCAGAUGGUUUGAUGCUCCCUCCUUCUAAAAGAUUAAAGCAAACAGGUCUUCCAUAAAGAUUGUAGACACCAUUAAGAGAUGAAUUCAAAUUAAAUGCUGAAGAUCAUUAUAUGGAUAAUGUGUGGGAAAAAUCUUCCUUAGUCAGUGGAAUGACUAAUUUAGAUUAGUAAUCUAGAUUUGGAGGAGAGUCAUUAGCAUUUACCUUGAACAAUUUGCCCCAACCCAAGAAUAAAUAUGAAAUUUCUCAAGACAGAAUAGUUGAAAUGGAAGAAUAAAUUAGUAAAUCUGAGCAGAUGAUAUGGGAACAGGAAAAUAAUAAACUCAAAGUUGAAGAUCUUGAAGAAUAAGAAGCGAGAUUAAGAAGAGAAUAAGAAGUUCUAAAAGAAUUAGAAAAAAGGAAAUAAUCAUCAGUUAUAAAGCAAUGUCUUCCUAGACCAAGCAUAAUCAAUUAGAAAUUUGUCAAAACUGUUCUUGAUGAUUCAAAGCAAAUGAAUAUUGCAGAGAAGAUGAUACUCGAGGAGUUACAAUCUGUUUUGAUCAAUGACAACCAUAAAUACCCAGCUAAAGGAAUGAAAGAGAUUAAAAAUGUUAAAUACUUCUAAGAUAUCUCUCCUGAGUAUAUGGAGCAAGCUAGAGCUUUAAUUAAAGAAGAGUCUUUAUCUCAAUCACUUAUAGAUGGAUUCCCAUAGUUUCAUUUCAACUAAAUUACAGAUAAUUUAGACAACAAAAAAGCCUCCUUCUUCCCUGGGACAAAAGAAUAUGACUUAAUUAGUAAUAGAACUAAGGCAGAAUUGAUUGAGUCAAUGCAAUAUGAACUCGAAAAUUCUCAAAAACAUAUGAAUAAAGAGUUAUAGAGAUGUGAAAAGCUGGAAAAAGGAUUAAAGUUGCUGUUUGGAGGAUAUUAUAAAAAGGAGGACUUGAUUUAAGAAAAAUUCCAACAAACAAUGAAAGAUUAUUAAAAGAAGUAAAUCGAGCUUGAAAUAUUCAAGGUUUUCUAAUAAUAGGAUCUUAAAAGUUUGAAUCACAGAUUAAGUGAUGCUUAAAGAUUCCUUAACCAACAAUAACUCAAAGAAAAUGAGCUCCAAUAGAGAUAUUCAAACUUAAGAGCUGAAAAGGAAAGAUUAGAGAAAACUGUAAUAUCUCUUAAAGGACAAAAUUGA